UUAAAUGGUUGGGGGGGCAGUGUAGGGAGAAGAAGAACCCAAUGGCUUCUUUCUUGCUAUGGCUUUUAUACUCAUCAGCUGGCCAGCCAUGUGAACUCACAUUUUCCAGGAUAAAGGAAGUCCAGUCACAUUCAUUCUGCAAAGUGGAACCACUGCUUCAGCAUUUUACCCAACAGCAAACAAAGAGUGGAUCUGAACAGAUCAGCAAACAAGGUUCACAGUGGAGCAGCCCAGGAGAUGGAAGGCACUAGCUUCUUGCUCGCAUGUCUGCUUUGCUUUCUUAAGAAAGGUGUUUCUUCCAAAGGCUGGUCCAUGCACAUCCCGUCAGAGGUAACGGGUGAAAUUGGCAAGGCAGUUGCCUUGCCCUGCACAUUCACACACCCACAGAACACCAACGACCAGACCCUGACAGCCAUUUGGCGGGUCAAAGAGCCUUUCAACGGGGCCAUUGUUUUCAAGUGCGUUUCCCACAGCUUGAGCGACCCCUGCAAAACCACCGUCGGCUCAGAAGGCAGAUACAAGCUCUUGGGGAACCCAAGGCAGAACAACCUCUCGCUCCAGAUCAACAGCCUGACGUGGAAUGACAAGAACAGAUACUUCUGCCGAGUCGAGUUCUCCGGGGAUUUCCACGACAAGUAUGAGAGCAGGAUGGGAAUCAGGCUCCACCUCAUAGCUCCCCCCAGGAUCGUUAACAUCUCCGUCCAGACCAGCCAGGACCACGCUUUCCAUGCAAAGUGCACAGCCGAAGGAGAGCCUCUGCCCACCCUGACAUGGGCUGGUCCUCCCUCCGACAACAUCACCUCGGCUUCAACUACGGCCCACCAGAUAACCAAGGAGCUUCAGCGCCUGACGCACGAUGGGAAAUACACCUGCACAGCUGUUAACAGCCUGGGAAGAGCAGAGGGGGCUGUAUACUUCUACAAAUUCAGAGCUGGGGGCAGCUCCUGGGUCCUGGUCCUUUUGUUUGCCGCCUUGGGGAUUAAGAUGCUGGCGCUGGUGGCAAUACUGGGGUUUGGCGCUUUCUGGAAGAGAGACAGCUUGAUGGCUCCAACCAGCCUAUCACGGCAACCCAUGCAAGAUUCUCCAUACGAAAACCUCAACCGCAGGAUCAACUCCAUAAGUCAAAACCUUCCCUAGUGAAACCGACAGAAGAAAGCCAACUGGGCAUUAAGCAGUUCAUGCACGAAUAACUAAAACAAUGUUGUGCACGAGUUAAAAGAUCCUCAGCUAUGCAGGACUCCAGAGUUUCAUGCAGCGAAGCAGAGGUCCCACCCAGAGCAUUAUCACUCACAGAUGUUGUGAUGCAAAAUUACAGAAGUGGAUAAAAACUAGCGACUCCCUUGCGAUGGAACAUCUUAAUGGGCCAGGACGUUGUUUGUUGCUGUUAAAAUUGUGCUGCUGAAUCUUUCUGCUAGCAUUGUUGGGGCUUGUUUUGCUUUGUAUUGUUGUGUUUUUUUUAAUGGAUUGAAAGUGGUUUUGCGUUAGUGUGUUUACACCAUGAUGCCUCUCUGCUUGUGCUUUUAGUAAAAGGUGAAUGGUUUGUAUACGACCUGAAGAGAAACCAGAGUAUGUGCUUUCAAACAUGUUGUAAGUCACUCAGAGAACUUUUUGGGCCGCGGCCGCCUAACGCAUUAAAUAAAAAUAAUGCACCUUAGAGACCAACUAAGUUUGUCAUAGGUAUGAGCUUUCGUGUGCAUGCACACUUCUUCAGAUGCAUUA